AUGUCCUUUUUCGGUUCAGGAGCUGCAGCAUCUGCAACAGAGCCAAAGGAUGCAGAGCUGGUUGAUCCCCCGUCGGAUUCCAUCUCGUCUCUGGCCUUUUCGCCUGCUCAACAAAGUGACUAUCUGGCCGUAGGCAGCUGGGACAACAACGUUCGCAUCUACGAAAUCAACAACCAAGGUCAGAGCCAAGGCAAGGCAGCUUACCAACAUGACGCGCCUGUUCUGGAUGUAUGCUGGAAUAAGGAUGGCUCCAAGCUCUUUUCUGGAAGCGUCGACAAGGCUGCAAAGAUGUUUGACCUAGGCACGGGUCAAAGCGUUCAAGUUGGCGUGCACGACGCGCCUAUUCGAUGUGUUCGUUGGGUUGAAGCCCCAACGGGUGGUAUUCUCGCUACGGGAAGCUGGGAUAAGACCUACUGGGAUUUGAGGUCUCCUAAUCCCAUCGCGACCGUGACUAUGCCAGAACGGGUAUAUGCCAUGGAUAUCCAGUACCCGUUGUUGGUCGUCGGCACGGCAGAGCGCCAUAUCCCAAUUAUCAACCUAAAUAAUCCGACGACCAUCUUCAAGGCAUCUUGCUUCCCAAACGCGUCUGGAUUCGCCGUUGGAAGUAUUGAGGGACGCGUUGCAAUCCAAUAUGUCGAGGACAAGGAUGCCAGCUCCAACUUUUCCUUUAAAUGCCACAGGCAAGAGCAAAACGGCGCAAAGGAUCAACAAGCUGUCUACGCCGUCAAUGCUAUUACCUUCCAUCAGGGAUACGGUACAUUUAGUACCGCCGGAGCGGACGGCACAAUCAACUUCUGGGACAAGGACAGUAAAACUCGAUUGAAGACAUUCCCAAAACAGGCCGGCCCUAUCACGGCAACGGCGUUCAGCAAGACGGGCACGAUAUUCGCAUAUGCAAUUUCCUAUGACUGGUCAAAGGGAUACACUGGCAUGGUGCCCACAUUACCCAACAAGGUCAUGCUCCAUGCGGUCAAGGACGACGAUAUCAAAAAGAAGACAAAGCGAUAG